UCUCAUCUUCUCUCAUCUUCUCUUCUCCUCUCUUUUCUUUUCUCUUCACUUCUCUUCUCGCCUCUCCUCUCCUCUUCUCCUCUCUUCUCUUCUCUUCUCUACUCUUAUCUUCUACUCUUAUCUUCUCUCUUCUCCUCUUCUCUUCUCUUCUCCUUUCUUCUCUUCUUUUCGCUUUUCCUUUCUCUUAUCCGCGUCUCGAGGACCCUGUCGACGACGUCUGGUACAGCCGUUUCUGGCGCGCAUUCGUCUCGUUGUUGA